AGUAAAGUUUUUUAACAAAUUUGAUUUGAUGUUUGAUUAAUAUUAUUAAUAUUUUCCUUUGUAUUCUUUUUUGAACAGAGAUGAAUCCCUCUACUAUCAAAGCAAGUCUGGCUAAGGUUGACUUCUUCAAAAAAAUUAAACUGGUUAGGGAAAUGCCAGUCAUUUUCGAUAGGAGCAACGAGGGCUAUCAUGAUGCCCACUCAAAGGACGAAUGUUGGAAUUCCAUCUGCAUGGAAUUAAUUCCAACCUUUGAUUCCUUCGAUAAGGAGAAGAAAGUUGCGUUCAAGCAAGGCAUCAUGAGGAAAUGGAAGGGUCUGAGGGAUAAUUUCACCAAAGACCACCGGUUGAGGGUCCAAAAAAAAAAGGACCUCAAAAAUGAGCUCCUUGAAUGCGGAGCUUCAGUUUUUGGUGCCCUUCAUUUUGAAUGAAAGCUCGGCCAGUCAGCGUCAUCAGGAGUCAGAGGUUAAUCCUGAUGACAGUGAUGCUUCAGAAAGUGUUGAAGCAAAUGAAUUCUCUCCAAAUUUGCAGGCGAUAUUGGCGGCACUGGAGUCAUUUGACACACCAUUGCCGCCAAGAACUAUCGACAUCGUAUUUAUGCGAUUUAUCGUGUCAAAUAUGAAGAAGAUAGAAAGCGAGGAGGAGAGGAAAGAUUUUAAGGAGUGGGUGGUGGCGGAAGCUCGGCUUAUUGCAAAUCAACAAGAUGCCGGCCUUGAAUCUGAGUCACCUGUUCCACUGGCAUCCUCAUCAUUUGUUGGUGUAGAUGAUGUUCUAGGGCGUUUGUCUAUUACGGAUGAGGAGCUGGUGGAUGAUGUCGAUGUGCCGGUGUCAAGCUCCAGGACCAGAACCAGGACCAGGACCAGCCAUGAUAGUUUGGCGAACGACGAAACGUUCGGCAGAAUGGUCGCCAACUACAUGGAUGGUCUUGGUGAAUGGAAAAAAUUUGAACUUAAAGGACGAAUAAUAAAUUAA